AUGGGAGCGUCCACGUCAUCGGAGCCGAGAGUCCCGGCGGAACAACAGGAGGUGGAAAACGUCGCAGCUUCCACCGGAGCUCUUCCCAUACUUCAAAAAGCUUUCUCCAAGUUCGCCAAUUCCGAAACAAACGCAAUUCCCUUAGAAAAUCUGCAGCAAUGCUUCGGUUUCACUCGCGAAGGUCGAAGUUACUCUGCAGAAAACGCGAAAAAUUCGUUUCCGGUGUUAUUGGAUCACUUAGGUUCAUCCUUAGUUGGUCACUUUUUCAUUUCUGGUAAAGGAGGAAUAAACUGGGUUGAAUUUGUGAAAGGCUAUAACAAGUGUUGUGCUAGGAGGAUGAUGAUUGCAAGGCGAACGGCGGUUACGUCGUGUGUUGAAGAUAAAGAUGGGUUUGAUGUGUGGGAUUGUGAUAUCGCGAGCUUGGACGUUCAGCUUCCGGUUGGGAAGUUUGUUACAUGGGUCAUGAGUACAGUGCCAUGCCUCCCUGAUUGCUUAAAGCAGUAUUUUCAUGCAAGACUGCAAGUGCUAGUAACUGAAGGGGAUGAAUUGGCAUCCUCUGAUUCCUUCUCUGUUGAAGAAAUCUCAUCUACAGCUGCAUGUGAUUAUAUUUUAACCCAAGGAAGGGCGUGGGCAAUUUCUAUCACACAGAGAAGUACAAUAAAUGAUGAGAUUUCUAGAGCCUUUAUUAGCAAUGGAGCUGGAAUGAAUGAUAACCUUAUUUAUCGUUCAUCAACCCAUGGAAGAGGCCUCAACAGAUUUUGGUCUCGUGUUGAAGGUUACCAUGGCCCAUUGCUAAUUUUGGUUGCUGCAAGUUCGGGAAAUGAUCAUGAGGGAAAUUCUGCAAUCAGGAAAUUUGUUAUAGGUGCCCAAACUAAUGAAGGUCUUGAAAAUAAAGAUGUCUUCUAUGGAACCGCUGGUUGUUUAUAUUCUUUAAACCCACUGUUUCAUGUAUUUCCACCUACUGGCAAGGAAAAAAACUUUGUGUAUAGCCACCUGCAUCCUACCGGUAGAGCUUACCAAUCACAUCCAAAGCCAGUUGGAGUUGCAUUUGGAGGAACUCCGGGAAAUGAAAGAAUAUAUAUUGAUGAAGAUUUUUCCAAACUGACCAUUCGCCACCAUGCUGUUGACAAAACUUAUCAGAGUGGUUCCCUCCUUCCGGAUCAGGGUUUCCUGCCUACUGAAGCUCUCAUUUCAGAAGUUGAAGUUUGGGGACUCGGUGGGAAAGCAGCAAAGGAAGUGCAAGACUCAUAUAAGAAGAGAGAAGAUCUUUUCACUGAGCAAAGACGAAAAAUUGACCUGAAGACAUUUUCCAAUUGGGAGGAUUCACCCGAGAAAAUGAUGAUGAAUAUGAUGUCUGAUCCAAACGCUGCUCAAAGGGAAGAUCGUUGA